AUGAAACCAUCAAUCACCUUACUGUCGUCAAUCCUUGCUGUCUGUUCAGUUACUACAGCUAGUCCAGUUGAUCCCAGUUCGACCAUGAGUGCUAAAGCUAGCACUUUGACAGUUCCUCCCAGUGCAACUGCAAGUACCGAGUCUAGCAUUUUGACAUUUACUGAUGUAAACUUGGAUUUAGAAUUGGUUGAUUGUGGUACACUUUCAAAGAAAUCCAAGAAGUUGAUCAAAAAUUACGCAACAACGAAACGUGGUGUCAAAACAACAAGGGAAAUGUGCAAAUCGAUAUCAGAAUCGAUUUCUGUCGAGAAAAAGUUGAAAAAACAGCUGGUUAAACGUGUCGAUUCUCUAAAAGAUGGAGAUUUGGCAGGGGAUAAUGGUUUAAACUAUGCUGAAACUGUCGCUAAGCUUCAAGAAACACGUAAAAAUCUUUUAGAUCUCAAACAACAGGAGCGAAAAUGCGAUAAAGAAUUUUCCGAUUGGCGCAAGAAUAUGCGUCUGGCCGAAAAAGGACUCGAGAAAUACUUUAUUUGGGAUUCUGAAAUUUCUUGCUUGAUCAGUUUAUACACGAUGUACAUUGAAGAAGAUCCCAUUACUAUGGACUGCUUCAAUAAAUUCUACACUGGCAUGCAGAGUUCAUUAUCAGAAUCCGACCAUGUUUUUACUAGUGAAAUACACGAUUCAUCACAACAAAGUCCUGAUGAUCAGCCUACAUAUGAGGAAACGUCUAUAGCUCAUCACACUCAAACACCCUCUAGUACUCCAUCUAAAUUACAGAAAGUCUGUUCCAGAAUCAAAAGUAGUAUCGGAUCACGCUGGAGUCAACACACAGAUGAUGAUCGCGAACCAUUAGUUUGA